AUGAAAACCGAAAAGCAAUCACCGACGCCGAUUCCUGCGGUAACCAAAACCAUACCUGCAAUGGAUCUCAAUUAUUCCGAUUACAAGGACGACGUAAGUCGAGAACCGAUUGUAGAGGAAGUGGAACCAGAGAGAGGGAAUUGGACAGGACGUUUUGAUUUCCUCCUAUCCCUUCUAGGAUAUAGCGUGGGGUUGGGCAACGUCUGGAGAUUUCCCUACCUCUGCUAUAAUAACGGAGGAGGUGCCUUUCUGAUUCCUUUCACCGUGAUGCUGAUAAUAGCUGGACUUCCUCUUAUGUUCAUGGAGCUGUCUUUCGGACAAUACGCUGCCUUGGGUCCGGUAGCGGUUUACAAUAGAUUUUGCCCACUCUUUAGAGGAUUGGGCUAUGGGAUGGUCAUAGUAUCAAGCAUAGUUAUGCUUUACUAUAACUUGAUUAUUGCUUGGACUAUAUAUUACAUGGUGGUAUCGUUUACAAGCAUUUUUUACCAAUUGCCGUGGCAGAAUUGCGACGCCGAUUGGAGCACCAAAUAUUGUUACUCAUAUGAAGAAGCAGACAUAUGCGAGGCGAGCAAUGGCACGUACUAUCUAAGACAAUGUGUGAAUCAAAGCUAUGCCAUAGUUAAUAAUAUCAUUGCUCUAGCUGAUACAGCAGUAAGAAAGCCUCCUGCUGAGGAAUAUUUUACUAAUCAGGUGCUUGGACUUUCAUCUGGCAUUGAAGAAACAGGUCAAAUCCGUUGGGGUAUGGCUGCUUGUCUAUUCGCUGCGUGGCUUAUUGUAUUUCUUUGCUUAUGCAAAGGUGUACAGUCUUCGGGAAAGGUUGUCUAUUUUACAGCGUUGUUUCCUUACGUGGUUUUGGUGAUUUUAUUUUUUCGUGGUGUUACUCUGCCUGGAGCUUCAACGGGUAUACUGUUUUAUCUCACACCAGAUUUUAGCCAACUUGCAAAUGCUCAGGUGUGGGGUGAUGCAGCAGUACAAAUAUUUUUUGCAUUGAGUCCAGCUUGGGGAGGAUUAAUUACAUUAUCCUCCUACAAUAAAUUCUCGAAUAAUUGCUACAUUGAUUCUCUCAUAGUUGCUGUCUCUAACAUUGCAACAUCGUUCUUCGCUGGGCUGGUUAUUUUCUCCGUUAUUGGAUUUUUGGCUCAUGAGCUUGAGGUAGAAGUUGAUCGUGUGGUAGACCAGGGCGCUGGACUGGCAUUUAUUGUAUACCCGGAGGUGGUAACAAGAUUACCAGUAUCACCUUUAUGGUCCAUACUCUUCUUCGUUAUGCUUCUGACUUUGGGACUCGAUUCUCAGUUUGCUCUUAUGGAGACUGUAACAACAGCUAUUUUGGAUCGAUUUCCAAAAUUUCGACAGAAGAAGACAUGGGUAGUGCUAGCAGUAGCAGUGUUUGGUUAUUUAGGUGGCCUGAUUUUCACGACAAAUAGUGGUAUGUAUUGGUUACAAUUGAUGGACAAAUACGCAGCCAAUUGGUCAGUUUUGAUCAUAGCUAUUGGAGAGUGUAUUUUGAUUGCUUGGAUAUAUGGGGCUGAAAAGUUCUGCAUCGACAUACAAACAAUGAUUGGAAGGCAGUCGAGGCUUUGGGUGGUGUUCUGGAGUGCUAUGUGGAGGAUUAUUACGCCAGCAGCUUUGGUUUUUAUAUUGGUGUUUAAUUGGAUUGAGUACAAACCAGCUUCUUAUGGUCAUUACGUAUACCCAAUGUGGGCGGACGCGGUGGGUUGGACACUGGGAGUGUUGCCUAUUGUCGUCGUCGUACUCAUGGCCGUCAAUCAAAUAUGCAGUGGACCUGACGAUCUUACCAUUAUGGAGAAAGCAAGAGUACUCGCUCGUCCUACUGAGGAAUGGGGUCCGGCGUCUGCAUCCUGUGCUAGCACCUUCCGCGAGACGGAGCUGUCUCCACCCGUACUGCUGCUUCACGGCAGACCGGUACUGCGUGAACGUGGAGCAUGA